CCAGAACUAACCCAGCAAAUAUGGGAUGCAAAGAAUAAUAUGUGUGCUGCAGACCCAAGACACGGUCGCCACUUCUCUGCUUCAGCUACUUUUAGGAGCAUGAUGAUGAGCACCAAAGAAUUGAAUGAGCAAAUGAUUAAUGUCCAGGAAAAGAAUUCUUCCUAAUUUGUUGAGUGGAUUACAAACAUUGUCAAAUCUAGCAUCUGCGAUAUUCCACCAAGAUGGCUCCCGAUGGAGAAAAGCUUUCUUGCACUGGUAUACUGGUGAAGGUAUGGAUGAUCGAGAUGGAGUUCACAGAAGCUGAGAGCAACAUGAAUGAUCUUAUGUCUGAAUAUCAACAAUACCAGGAUGCUACUGAUGACGAGGAAGGUGAAUACGGGGAGGAGGAAGGAAUGGAGCACAUGUGAUGAGAGCAAGGCAGAACACAAAGGAACCGUGUUAUAUAUGAUGUGAUGCAUGUGUACUUCCACCUGCUAUGUGAGUGAAAAACCUCUCUAAGAUUGUGUUUGUCCGUGGAGUGCAUCUGUAGGGUAAGGAGAAUCUCAAUGUUGUCACAGGAAAACAGUAAUGAUGUGGAGAGAGAUUAUGAGAGUGGGAAUCUUUCAGGUAAAUGUUUUGUUUUUUUUUUUUGAACAUAGGUAAUUUGUUACAAUUAAAGGGAGUAGGGGUGA